AAACCAAAUAAAAGCUUAUAUACAUAAUAUAUUUUUAAGUUUUAUAAGUCAUAAAAUGGAUAAGUAUUACAACAUUCGUAUAUUGAAUUCUAACUAUAAAAGUUUGGGUUAUGUGACAGCAACUGCAAAUAUUAAAGACAAACACGAUCGUUCAGCACCAUCAGAUUUUCACUGGAAAAUUUUAAAAUGCAGAAUGAUUAUAUUUUCUCACUCAUCUGUUAUAGCAAGUCCUGAUAAAAGUGAUAUUAAAAAAGUUCAUAUUAUAUUUCCUCGUCGCGGCGAAGACUAUGAUCUUUUAAAUUCCUUAUUUUUAAGGUUUUCUUUAGUUCAGGAAGGUGAUAUUCGUAACGUAGACGAUGAAAUAUAUAAGACUUGUUUCUAUUACACGAUGGGAGCAAAAAUUGCGCCUCUCUGGAAUAUGUUGGGCCAUAAUUAUUUUAUAAACAACAGAAGUUUUUUAACUACAUCCGGUCCACAAGAGGGAAUAAAGUGCAUUCUGACUAUUAAUGCAAAUGUCUUAAAUUUAGAGCUUAAACCAGUGAAAAUAAACCUCAUGCGAUCAAAAGAAAAAUUCUUUCCCGGGGAAUGGAUUCGCGUUCUACCCAGUUUAAAUAAGGCCAUUGUGGAGGAGUACUAUGAAAAUGUUCCAAAAAUUGGAGACUUCAAGAGCUAUAAGGAUUUACGUCGACAUUGGAAAAAUAUACAUGGAUAUCGUUUACCUGAAGAAGAACGGCCAUGUUAUUCCGUUCGCUUCUGGCGAGGCGACCCUUUGACUUACCCCGAUGUUUGUCUCGUUAGAGCUUUUCCUAUUAUCACACCUAUGCCUAAGUCUUCUGAAAGAUCUAUACUUGCGCAAUUUGUAAAUUGUUUGAAAACCAAAAUGCAGUUUAUACUGGGAACUUCUAUUAAUUUUAUAAACAACCAGGAUGAAGGAAACGUUGAAAUGCAGUUCAUGGAAACUCAAGCAGUGAGUUUAUGCACACCAACACAGCAAAAAACCAAUAAAAUGUAA